AUGCCACCCCGCAACUCGAGCUGUUCCGGGACUGCACCCGCCCAUCCCAUACCCGUACAUGAUGGCACCACAGUGGUUCAGCCAGAACUUUCCACCAUUGUCCUCUUAAAUGGGCAGAGCGUAUCUCCGGCAGCUACUAGCAGCUCUAGAUGGAAACUACCCUACAUCCAGGAAACCAUCAUCGAAGGAAGUAGCUGCCCCCCACCAUUCAUAGCCAUAACCGAGUCAUGGCUAAAGAGUUACAUCUCUGACGCUCAGGUGCAGAUAAAAGACUAUCAAUCGUUUAGAUCUGAUAGACCAGAGAGAGUAGGAGGAGGUUGCCUCCUCUAUGUUCAUGACCAGCUAGUGGUGACAGAAACCGAUCACUACGAGGAUAGAAGCAAUAACAUGGUCAUGUGCUAUGUUAAGUCAUGCAACACCCUUUUUGCUACUGUCUACAGGCCCCCUGGAGCAGAUACUUCAGGCUGGAAGAACUUACUAGACAGACUGCAAGCCAAAAUAGACGCGAUCUCAGAAAAUACAACGGUGCCAGACAUAUACGUUGUUGGAGAUUUCAACUAUCCAGAGAUAGACUGGGAACAUGGAGGCUUAAGAAGUGAAGCCAGGUGUCAUGAUUUUAUAGAGUUUAUAGACCGUAACUUUCUAACACAGGUCGUAAACCAGUCGACAAGAGAAGGUAGCACCCUAGAUCUUGUACUUACAAAUGUUCCUAGGUAUGUCGCAGAAGUAAAGGUGAACCCCACAUCUUUAUCAGACCACAGCUUGGUCGAAAUUCAGCUUGGUUUUAAUAUGACUGGAAGAAAGAAGAACGAAACCAGCAAGAUCGACCCAAACUCUUUCAGGGCAGUUGACUAUCACAAAGCCGAUUUUGUGGCAAUCAGUGAUUGCCUUCAGAAAGUCGACUGGCUGAAGCUCUGGGAACUCUGUGACGAGGACUUGAACGCUUUUCUGGAAUUGUUCAAGCUAACAGUGCUCCAGAUAACCUUGGAGUUCUCCCCAAAGAAAGAGAGUGCAGCGGAGAUUACCUCAAGAAAGAGAAGAGGGAAUAAGCACGUUUAUGUCAUGAAAAGAAGACGAAGGAAGAUGAAUGCUAGGAUACGUGCAUUACAGGAAAUGAAUCCUAGCUCGAGUUUAAUCCCUAAACUGAAGACGGAGGUUUCACUGCUGUGUUACUCCAUACAGGAAGGGACCCUUGAGAAACUGAACAAAAAAGAACUCCGGGCAGUCGAUGCAAUAAAGAAGAACCCCAAAUAUUUCUUUUCGUAUGCCAAGCGUCUCCAGAAGACCAGAUCUACGAUCCCGGUGUUGAGAGAUGAGACUGGGGCAUUAGUGGACGACCCCAGUAUCAAGUCAGAGUUACUUCAGAAGCAGUACCAGAAGGUAUUUAGUAACCCUAUGAGUGCCGAUAUUGAUGAAUGUAUGAAGAGUCAAGGAUUACCUCAGGGACUGGAUUCCGGAUUCAACGAGCUAAGCUUCACAAGAAAAGAUAUCAUUGAAGCAUUAGGAGAACUGGAUCCCUAUUCGGCCGCACCUGACGGAGAGAUUCCUGCUAGGAUACUCACAGCCUGCAAAGAACAACUUGCAGACCCGCUUACACUCCUCUGGCAGGAAUCGUUCAGUAGUGGGUAUAUACCAGCGGAAUUAAAAACCCAAUAUAUCACCCCUAUCUAUAAGAAGGGGGACAGAACGGACCCAGCAAACUAUAGACCAGUGUCUUUAACCUCGCACAUCAUAAAGACAUUUGAGCGUGUAAUCAGAAAAAACCUGGUUCGUCAUUUGGAAGAGAACAUGAUGAUCAAUACGAACCAGCAUGGGUUCAGAAAAAAGAGGAGUUGCAUGACGCAGCUUCUCAGUCACAUCGAACAGAUCUACAAAUCACUCAACAAUGAUGAAGAAGUUGAUGUGAUUUACCUCGACUUUGCCAAAGCUUUUGACAAGGUCGACCAUGCAGUGCUGCUAGCCAAGCUUGGUCGAUACGGAAUUGGUGGUCAGGUUUUAAGGUGGAUCAAAGAGUUUUUGCUAAACAGAAAACAAACAGUCGUUGUUGAAGGUCGCAAAUCAUCCUUCCAGCCAGUGGCAAGUGGGGUGCCACAAGGGACAGUCCUAGGACCGAUCCUAUUUAUCCUGUACAUCAACGAUCUGUUGAACAGCAUUAGCUAUAGUAACGGAUUCAGCUUUGCAGACGACACAAAGCUGAUUGGGGCUAUCCGAGGAAUGAGUAGUGUGGAGUUACUGCAAGAUGAUCUCAACAUAGUCAUCGAGUGGUCACGUGUUAACAACAUGGAGCUACACGAACAGAAGUUUGAGGUUGUAAACUACCCCCUGAAUGGAUCAAAAGCUCUAAGAGAGCUCCCGUUCUACCCAGAGACUGUUGAGUAUACUAUACCAAAAGGACACGCAAUAUCACCACAGGAAACUGUCAGAGACCUUGGAGUGUAUGUUAGCAGCAGUAGGUCAUGGGGUCCUCACAUUGAGAAGACAGUUCAAGGAGCUAGAAAAAUGGCGGCUUGGACAUUGAGUGCCUUUAGAGACCGGUCACAAGUAGUCAUGCUGACUUUAUACAAAAGCAUGGUUCGCUCCAAGCUAGAGUACUGCUGUCCAGUCUGGAACCCUACAAAAGUCACAGAGAUACAAAAGCUGGAGACUGUACAGAGAUCCUUUACUAGAAAGAUAUCUGGCUGCCGUGAUCUCCAGUACUGGGACAGGCUGAAGAAGCUUAAGUUGAUGUCCCUCCAGAGGCGGAGAGAGCGUUAUUCUAUUAUUCAUGUAUGGAAAAUUCCUAAUGAACAUGCUCCGAACGAUACGGGCUUCGAGUUCAAGUCUCAUCAAAGGCAUGGUAUUAAGGCAGAGAUCCCAGCCAUGAACAAAAGCGCACAGUUGUCGGUAAGAACAGAUUACGACAACAGCUUUAGAGUUAGAGCAGCUCAGCUCUUCAACGUGCUCCCAUCGGAGCUCCGGAGUAUCACAUUGCUAGACAGUUUCAAAGUUGGUCUAGGCAGAUUUAUGGAACAGUACCCAGACACACCACCGGUUCCGGGCUACACUCCGACAAACGAUAACUCAAUGCUGAGCUGGAGGAGGACGCACUCGAUGCAGUUGUCCUGA